AUGUCGUCAAAAACCAAGAAGCCUUCCGGUAAGACCCAAAGGUCAGCUAUCUCCGACGUUGUUGCUCGGGAAUACACCAUACACCUCCAUAAACGACUUCACGGUGUAACAUUUAAGAAAAGAGCCCCAAAAGCAAUCAAGGAAAUAAAGGCAUUUGCAACAAAGUCUAUGGGCACAUCCGACGUUCGUCUCGAUCCACAAUUAAACAAGAAGGUAUGGGAAGCUGGUAUCAAGGGUGUACCAUAUAGAUUACGCGUCCGAAUCUCACGGAAACGGAACGAUGAAGAGGGAGCAAAAGAGAAGCUGUACAGCUACGUUCAGGCCGUAAAUGUGAAAGACGCGAAGGGACUACAAACAGUAUUGGUAGAAGCAUAG